AUGCUGGCGGCGCUGCAGGCGCGGCUCGGGUGGGCGCGCCUGGCGCUCCGCGGGGCCACGCUGGGCCGCGCCCCGGGGCCGUCGUGCUGGAGCUGCGGCGCUCCGCUCCCCAGCAGCGAUGGGCCGCCCCACUUCUGCCCCGGCUGCCAGGCUCUGCAGCCGCCGGCGCCGCGGCCUGACCUUUUCCGCCUGAUGGACUGCGACCGCUCCUUCCGCGUCGACCCGGGGCAGCUGCAGCGGCGGUUCCGGAGCCUGCAGCGCGCCGUGCACCCCGACCGCUUCGGCAAGAGGCCGCCGAAAGAGCAGCACUACUCUGAGCAACACUCUUCCCUGAUCAACAAGGCCUACCAGACUCUGCUGAACCCUCUGAGCCGAGGCCUCUAUCUACUGGAGCUGAAGGGAGUGGAGCCAGCAAAAGAGACAGACUGUGAUGCAGACUCGGCGUUCCUUAUGGAAGUCAUGGAAAUUAAUGAGAAAUUAGCAGAGUCCAAAAACAAGGACCUCGAAGAAGUUGAAACUUCCAUUAAAGUUAAACAAGAAGAACUGACCAGAGAGGUGACUGCAGCUUUUGAAAGAGAUGAUCUUCAAGAGGCCAAGAAGCUGCUAGGAAAAAUGAAGUAUUUUGCCAACUUAGAAGAUAAACUAAAGGCCAAGAAGAUCCCUUCCUGAUGUUGCCUUGUUAGCUAUUCAGAGUUAGUGCUAUUUUCAAUUAAACAAAUGGUUCUAUUAGCAAAAUCAGA